UUGUAAAAUGCCACAGACCAUUUAGGCGUGCACCGUGAGGCAGACAAAUCCAUCCGAAUUUAAAAUAAUAAUGGACGACGAGGACGACCCAGUGGUGGAGGAGAUACCCGUGUUCCUGUCGAAGAAUUUGCAGGACAGCUUGUACCUGUUCCAAUACCCCACGAAAACGGAGCUCCCGAACCACGAUGACUCCGUGAUUGUCAAUUGCUGUGUAAAACCCAUCGCCCAGGAGGUGAAGGUGGACUUCGGCCUGGAUAUUGAUUCCUCCCACUUCGAUCGCUUCAAGGGCGAACAGUUCGCGGUGGCCGCCGAUGGCAAAAACACCUACGGAGCGGUGCCCCCAAAGGGUCAAGAACGACCCACCUACAAACGUGGCAUAAUGGAUAAACAGGCCUUCACCAGCUCGCGAUCUAUAACCGAUGUAGCCAAGUACAUAGUGGGCAUCUUUACGGAUCGCGAGGUCCAUCUGUCACCCCUCACUUCCAUAGUCCAAAUGCGUCCUGCUCUCAGCCAUUUUGAUAAGGAUGACAAGCGCAAGAAGGCGGAACAGAAGGCCCAGACGGAGGACACGGACGAGGACGAGGUGCUGCAACAGGUCACGGUCAAGUUCGCGCGUGGUAGUGCCAAAAACAGUGGCAAAGAGCAACGUGCCGGCACCUAUGAUGGUUUCGUCCAAAGGAUCGCCGAUGAGCCUUGGUGCGAGGCCUACUGGCACUCGAGGGGCACGCCCACCGCCGAGCUGGAGCGUCAGAAACUCUUCGCCACCAGUCAUCAGGGCAGUUCGUCCUUGGCCCUGGGCCCCGGCGAUUAUCUGCGAAAGCUUUUGCCCUACGAUGACCAUGUGCAGCCAGUUGCGCCCACAGCUGCCGCUACGGCUGCUGCUCAAGUCCUUCCUGUCUACAACAAGGCCAUGCUCAAAACCAUGCCGCUGCUGGAACAGCUUACAGUGCUCUUGCGGGAUGCCCGGAUGCUCUCCUUUAGCGACCUGAUGGACAUACUCACGGAGCACGUGGAUCCGCAUGUGGCGGCCGACAAGGUGGUGGCCUUGCUGCCCCAGGUGGGCAUCCUGCUGCACGGCAAUUGGGUACCACGAUCCGAGGUGGUAUUUCCCGAGAAGGUGCUAUCCCAUGCCAACGGAGUGUCCGCUGAGCAAAUGAUUCGCGCCAGAGAUUAUAUACUCUUCCGUUUCUCCCGCACGCCCUACCUGUUUCGAACCCAGGUAAUGGCCGCCACCCAGUUGCCACCGGCGGAAACGCUAGACGUUCUGAAGACUGUGGCCCGUGUGAACACCACAAAACGCUGGGAGCUGCUGCUGCCGCCAGAUAAGGAGUUCGAGCAAAAGUAUCCGGAACUGGUGAGCCGGCAGGAGUACCACUGGACCGCCUCCGAGCAGCACUACAACGAAAUGGACUGGGCCAGGGAAACGAAGCGUGUACGCAAGCGAUCCACCCGGAAAAGCGAGUCCCAGUCACUGUCUUCAUCCAUGCCUCCACCUGCUAUGAAUUCCAUUUCCUCCGUGGACGCGUAGCAUAUGAAGACCUCCCAAAGGCGGAGGAAUGGGAGCUUAAGUCUUAUACACCUAGCCACUAAUAAAAAGACCAACAAGUUUAUUUUGUUACAACCAA